UUUCUGACUGCGCAGUUUUUCUAUGCAGAUAAGUAUUUUUAUAGAUGAGCCAGACUAGUUGUUCCUUUAUUGCAAUGUGUAGUCCUGUAAGUUCACGGUGCACCAUUUCACGCACUUUCAGGGAUGGAACGACGUUGGAUUCCGGGGAUCGAAUCAGAUACCGACGCCAAACAUCGACGCUUUGGCCUACAAUGGUAUCGUCCUAAACCGUCAUUACACUUUGCCCUGCUGUUCGCCAUCCAGGGCUGCUUUGCUAACGGGAAAAUACCCCAUUAGAAUGGGUCUACAGGGUUUCCCACUUAUUGCUGGACACGCAGAUGGCAUGCCUUUGGACGAAGUUCUUUUACCUGAGUAUUUGCAGAAAUUGGGGUAUAUUACUCGUCUAAUUGGUAAAGGGCAUCUUGGAACUUCAAAAACAAGCAUGACCCCCACUCACCGUGGUUUUCACUCUCAUUUUGGAUACUACAACGGAUACGUCGGCUAUAGAAAUGGCAUUCAUGAUUGGGAUAAUGUUACUGGGUAUGACUGCUACCGCAACGGGAAACGAAGCAAAGAAGAGGUUGUGGGCAAAUAUUUAACGGAUGUUUAUACUGAAGAGGCUGUUAAAGUAAUUAAAGGUCACGAAAAGUCAACUGAGCCACUGUUUCUCUAUUUAUCACACCUAGCCCCGCACGCUGGUGCCCCUGGUGUUUUGGAGGUCCGGAACGAAACCGAAAAUUCUAAAAAAUUUAGCUACAUAUCGGACCCGUCAAGGCGAUUAUAUGCAGGAAUGAUGGAAGCCUUGGACGACUCUAUCGGCGCAGUCGUCGAAGCUUUGGACUCUCAAAACAUGUUGCAGAAGAGUGUCAUCAUUUUCAUAGCUGACAAUGGAGGCAUAACCGCUUGGCCAUUUUCGCAACUACAGAACAGCGCGUCAAAUUGGCCUCUGCGUGGUAUGAAAUUUUCUCCAUUUGAGGGUGGAGUCAGAGGAGUGUCUAUUGCUUGGAGUCCACUUUUCAAAGACCUUCGCGAAACCUCCGAAGAAUACAUGCACAUAUCUGACUGGCUUCCAACUUUAUAUAGCGCCGCAGGAGGUAAUGCAGACCUGUUGGAAGGACUCGAUGGAGUCAAUCACUGGGAUUAUUUAAUCGGCAAAAAUACUGACAGCCCACGAAAUGAACUCUUGGUUAAUAUACUCGAGGAAGUAGGUGACUGGGCGAUCAUCAAAGAAAAAUGGAAAUUAGUUCAAGUCAAUGCUACUCAGCGGCGUAAUAUCACACAGCUGUACUUCGGCGAGAGCGGUCGAAACGGUGAGAAAUACUCAAUGGAUCUCGUGACGACCAGCCGAGUAUCCCAGAUCCUACGGCGGAAUCAGCCCUCGGAUAAUUUACGGGAGGAAUACACGGAACGCCGUGCCACCUUGGAUAUGACGUCAGCAUGCGCAGAACGUAUCGCAGCAGCCGCUUCGAGCUCCACCGAUCCCUUCAUCCCUCCUGAUCGGUGUCAUAAAGCACCCUGCCUUUUCAACAUCCACAUGGACCCGUGCGAGUUCCAUGACGUGGCUGAGCAACAUCCAUCGGUUGUCGAUGCACUGCAGGAACUAGUCGAGAGCUACGCUUCGGAGGUGGUUCCGGUGCAGAACUAUGGAUUUGACCCGGCUUCGCACCCGAAGAAUUGGGAUGGUUGGUGGGCUCCUUGGCUCGACGGGUCGGAGGGCAGGGGCAUGUCUUAGUUCCCAGACACGAAUAACUCAGAACAAAUCUGCCGUGAUAGCGAAGAGACCAGUACGUAGGUGCAA